AUGUGCAGAGGCCUUUUCCACUUUAAUUUAUUGUCAAAAGCGGCGAAUGAGGGCUUGAUUCAUGGUGCUCGUGUGUGUCGUUCUGCUCUGCGAGUUUCUCACUUAUUUUUCGCAGAUGACAGUAUCCUUUUUACUAGAGUGACGCUUCAGGAAUGUUUUGUGGUGACUGAUAUUCUCAGUACGUAUGAAAGAGCAUCUGGGCAGAAAAUUAAUUUCAAUAAAUCUGAAGUGUCUUUUAGUAAGAAAGUGACGAGUUGCAGGAGAGCAGAAAUCAGGGAUUUGUUUGGUGUUCGGGAGGUUGUGAAACAUGACAAGUACUUGGGUCUUCCGACGGUGAUUGGUAGGUCCAAAAAGAUGGUAUUUGCUGUCCUAAAAGAGCGAGUAUGGAAAAAACUACAAGGGUGGAAAGAGAAGCUGUUGUCUCGUGCGGGGAAGGAAGUGCUCUUGAAAUCGGUUAUUCAAUCUAUUCCCACAUAUAUGAUAAGUCUUUUUGCACUUCCAGAAGGAAUUCUUGAUGAUAUUAAUUCGAUGUGUGCACGUUUCUGGUGGGGGCUAGGGGGACCGAGCGCAAAAUGCAUUGGUUGA